UUCUGUUUUAAAACGACCCAUUUUCGCUAUUUGCAAUGAAAAAAAAAUUGACCCCACAGUUUAAUUGUUGUACUUGAAUCAUUUUUUUAAUUAUAUAAUCCAGAUGCGAGAUUUAAAAACAUGAUGCGCAUUCAAGCAGACUUUGAAUGCUGAUUCUCUGCAUGUGGAAAUUUAAAUAUAUUGAGUAUGUUGGACAAAUCGAUUCAGGACUUAUAAAUGAAUUCAAUUAUUCAAUGAAUUAAGGUCCUUAUAAUAUUUGUUCGUGCUUCUGUGAAAUAUGCAUUUUAUUUUGGGAUUGUAUUUGGUCAUCUUAAAAAUUACUUUUGUCCAGGGUGGAGGCCAUUUGUCAGUAAAACUGCUGGAAUUUGUCAACCCCGGUGGAAAGGGGAGUAACAACCGCAAUUGUGACGGAAGGUUUGGAUUCGCCUUCAGCCGAUGCGAUCAUCGCUUCGUCAUUUGUGUUGACAAACAGACGGGCGGGAAUUCAAUAAACAAGUGUUCCUUUGGCCGCAUUGAAACACCAGUUAUAUUAAAUGCCGAUACAAUAAUCUUCCCAGACAUCAAAGGAAUGAAAAACCCACUCUUGUUCAACGUAACAUCGUGGCCUGCUUCGGGAAAGUUUAAAUUAAAAGUUGAUAUUUGGGACGACGAUUCAAGUUCUGCCGAUGACCAUGUGGCAUUUCUGUACAGAAACUUUGAGAUAAAACCGAGUGGCCACAGGGAGAAUCAUACUCACGUGCGGUUCAUGCUCCAUCGCAGAACCAGGCUGGUGAUAGAGCUUGCAGUGUUUUGUGACGAUUUCUAUUUCGGUAAAUCAUGUGACAUUUACUGUCGACCUAGAAAUGACUAUACUGGCCACUACCUCUGUAACAAAGAAGGUCACAAAGUCUGUCUGAAGGGUUGGAAGGGAUCUAAGUGCACCCUCGUUGAUGACUGUGUGGACGUGCCAUGUCAAAAUAAUGGGACAUGUCUGACUGAUAAUCGAUACAAUUCCUUCUUCUGCGAAUGUCAGCAUGGGUUUACAGGUAAACUUUGUGACAUGCAAUUUUGCAAAGAAAAUGUCUGUAGAAACGAUGGAGUCUGUUAUAUUAUUAACAACACAAAGGUUUGCGACUGUCCCUCAAAAUGGACGGGCGAAAGAUGUGAAUCAAAACUAAAAAGUUGUGAUGACGUCACAUGUUUCAACAACGGAACCUGCGCAGUAGUCCAGAAUGAAUUCCAAUGUAUUUGCAAAACAGGUUGGCAAGGUGUAGCAUGUUUGAGAGACACCGAUGAAUGCCUGGGUAACCCUUGUCAUGGAAACUCAAAAUGUAUCAAUACAGAAGGAAGUUAUUUUUGCCAAUGUUUGCAUGGAUGGAAAGGCAAAGACUGUACAAAAGACGUAAAUGAAUGUCAAAAACAACCAUGUGCAGACACUGCAGAAUGCGUCAACACCAUAGGGAGCUAUUGGUGUCGAUGUUUGGAGAAUUCAACGGAGAAAGAUUGUUCUCUACCCAAUCAGGAGUGUUCCAAGCUGGUCUGCCAAAAUAACGGCACUUGUAUUGUAGAUGGAGAAGGAGAACGUUGUCUUUGUAUAGAACCUUGGGGAGGGGAAAGAUGUUCUGAGUUGAAAGAUUAUAAUUUGUCCUGCAAAAACGAUUGCUCUGCUUAUGGUGAAUGUAAGGUGGACGCUCAAGGGAAAUGGACAUGUAAUUGUCAAGUGGAGAAUAUUUGCGAAACCACUGUUCCUGAAAAGUGUUCAAUGCAAAAAGGUUUUGAUUUAAAUAUAACCUAUCCUCUUUCAAAAACGGAUAAAGGGCUUAUUAAAGACCUCCUUUCUUGUGUGGGAAUUAACAUUACCCAGUUAAAAGUUUCAGCAUAUCCCAAUCAAGAGAAAAUUAACAUACUUGGAGUAAGUUCCAAUUCUAUCUUUUGGACAAAUUGUUCAACUUGGCUGCAAGAAAGUUUGGAAAACUGUACACAAUUAAUAUUUGAUGGCGAUCUAUCUCAACAAGAAAAUGGCAAAAAAGCAAACCAAACCAGAAAAAGUUCUUUAAUGAACGGAAAGGAUUCCGGAAAUUGGUAUCCGCUCACUGCUCUCCUAGUAGUCCCUCUCUUGGUCAUCGCCUGCUUUCUCGUUUUACGCAGAAGGAUGAAGAAAACCCGAGAAAGUAAAGAACGAGAGACCGUUCCGGUGCUGGAGGAUGCUAAUAUUUCAUUUGGAAAUUCCCUGUAUGCAGAAAUAAACGGCGAUAGUCAUCAAAUGAAUGAAAGUGUCUAGUGUUGCAAAGUUUUUGAAUGUGUGCAAUCUCCAUACAAGAACAAUUUGAAAGAACUUAUUUUCGAUAUUUACACAUUGUCUUAGGAAUCGAAGGAAGUGGACAUUGCCCUCCCAAUAAUUUGGCCGAUAUAUAUAGAGAAGGAUAGAAAACAUGGCUACUAUAUAUGCCUCCUAUAAAUAAUAACAUUUAUUGCUGUUUUUAAUACCUGUCGAGGAAUUGUGUUUGGAACUGCCCCCCCCCCCCCCAAACUGAAAACACCCUCCUCUAACUGAAAUUGCUUUACACAAGGCCUUUAUUUGACCCCAGCGUUUAAUUUGAAUUUCUUGUUCCUAUACCAGAAAUUCUUUGACAGGCUAAAAUUAUGAUUUUGUUGUGUCUAUGUACCGGGUAUAAUACUUAGUACUUGCGCUUGCUAAAAUAAUUAUACAUGUUAAACAAUUUGGGAAAAAAGUCAUAUUAUUUACAUUGCAUGUUGUUUCAAUUAUGUUAAUUGUAAAUUUUACUUGAUGUCAGUAAAACUGAAAUGGUUAACAUAUUCAUAUUGGUAAUAAAUUUUAUCUACUUAGCUUUUAAUUCAUUUUUAUACACCCAUCCCUGUACUCAGCUUUUUAAAACCCUUGCACCAACUGUUCAAAAGAUAGGUGAAAUUCCGAAGUCAAAGUCUAGAAAGGUCAAAACCGAUGGUAUCCAAACGAAUGAGGAAGGCCUUGUCACAUGGAAUAUACCCGUGGAAGACCCUAACUUCUCAAAUUUUAUGUCCAAAAUUUAUUUUGUUAAAGUGGGUCAAACUCAAAAGUCAAAAUAUUUAUAAUCCUGGAAGGUUUUGACACAUUGAACACACCUGUGAAGUAUGCAAGUUCUAGCAACAAUUAAUCACAAGUUAACCAUGUUAACUGUUCAAAAGUUAUGGUUAAUGCAAAGUUGGGUCAAACUCAGUCGGACAUACAGACACUGAAAAUAUAUA